AUGCGACCCUUCCACCCAACCCGAACGAUGAAGACAGGCACGGUAAGGACGGACAUCGAAGACAUUCAGUCAGUGGUCAUGGACCCCGGUCCUCAGGAAGUAGACACCCGCGAUACAACUAGGAAGCAUGAUGAAUCCACCAAGAAGAAAAUCGCCGACCUGCCUAAGCGGGUACGCCGUGAACGCUUUGCGAGUUCGAAUAAAGACAUGUGCCGACUGCACUAUGGAGUCAAUUCGGAUGUCAUUUGCGAUAUCUUGAAAUUGAUUAAGAGGGAGGUCGAGUACCACAUGCGCAGGUAUGACCGGUACCCGCACCUGCUGAGACCGCUUGAUCAACUCAUUUUAUCGAAGUUGCGCGGCACCAAGGGGAUGUGGACAAAAGAGCGUAGCGCAGGUUUCUGGCCCUAUCAGGAGAACUGCUGUCAUGCGUGCAUGGUGGCUCGAGUCACUAAUGAUAAGAAUUUUUUACGCAAUAUUCGUGUUUCCCUUAUAGCUCGAACGCCAACCCGCAAGUGUCACAAUCCGCGCAGACUCAUGACGUUUGUGGAUUAUUCCAUAGGCCAAUUUCCUGAGUUUGUCGAUGAGUUAUUUGGCACGUCCAGCCAGUUUGCGUUCAUCUUGAAGGACACCCGCAAGAAGUGUAUCAAGGCAUGGUACAAUGAUCCCGACAACAAAGGCAGGAGAAGCGGACGACCAAGGCACGGUAGUGGUCACCCUAGGAGGUCGGAUAGUAAGUAUGACCUAAGGAAGGGUUAUGUCCAGGCACCGCCAGAAAUUGCAUCGCGUCACCCUUCCCAACAGUAUGAUUCAGGAGGCCCGUCUUCAAUUAGACGCGCUGAAACAAACAUUGGGGCGCACAGCAUGCAUCAAGGGAGCUCGACCCGGCCGAAAAAUUCCAGUUCUUCACGUCGGAGGCAAGACUCCGUAGUUCAUCGAGAUACCUCACGCUCGCGCCAUGGCACUAGUUCGGAGGCUGGCCCUAGCAGUUCUCGAUCCCAUGGGCACAGCACGACGGAGCUCCGCCGGAAGCGUGUCCCAUCACCGCCACCAAGCUCUGCCAUUGGACCUCGAGAUGAAGUAGAUAAGCUGAUUGAUAUGUAUCGAAACAUGGGAACGAAUCCGUACAAACGAAGAGAGGAGCGUUUGGCAACAGGCCACAAUGAUCGUCAAGUUUCCAACUCGGUCGAGGUGCCGGUAGCCCAUCAGUACACCGCAUCUGAGUAUACUCCGUCGGUCUAUUCUGAGGAAAGCGAGUGGGUUGACGAGGAAAUUGUGGAUUGGGAGGCUCAUGAAAGGCAUAUGUCAAAGUACGAGUCUGACGCGAUGACCGUCUGGUCUAUGGUGUGUGGCUAG